AUGUCUUAACAUAUUUAAGCUUCAGUUUAAUUCAGCUUUCCAAAAGCAGCCAGAUUUUCAAGAAUACGAACUCCUUGCCAAAAAGAUUACUAUGAAGCAAAUUAUUUUCGUAGUACUAGAGCAUCUGGAUUUGGAUAUGGAAAAAAAUUUGAUUUUACUAAAACUCAUUUCUAUACAGAAGCAUAUUAUGAUCCAACUAGUUCCUUUUCCAAAUAAAAAGGGACAAGCUUUGGGUUGGGAAGAGAUCUUGUUAAAAAUCAAGCAUAUUAUAAACGUAAUUAAGUACCAGGUCCUGGUGCUUAUAAUCAAAGUCCUAAUAAAACAAUUGGUUAUAAAACAGAGUAAAAGUCAUUUAAAACUUAACAAAUUCCUGAAACAUCUGGCUUUGGAAUUUAUAAUCAAAAUUUCUAUAAACAAAGAAGUUUAUCUAUCAAUAAAAAGCCUGAAAGAUUUUCAACUGAUUUAACAUUUAAUCCAAGUCCAGGAAACUACUAAGCUUUAUCAAAAUCUUGUUAUUCUAAAGGUAAAUUUGGAAAUGCUCAAAGGAAAUGUUUUAUUGAUGAUGCUGUUAGAGCUGCCUAAAAGAGUGGAGGUAAUAAUCUAUUAAUUAAAUGAAUUAGUGCCAGGACCAGGGAAUUAUGCUAAUAUUACUUAAUUUGUAUAGCUAGAAAAAUCAUUUAAGAGGCCCUCUACUGCUAAGAACUGA